AUGGCCGGAAACUAUCAAGAGUCACAUGGCAAGAUUCAGAACCUUGGCUCCAGAUGCCAACCUAACGCCCUGCACAGUACCAAACCCAUCGGAAGUUUUUUGGGACUAGGCUCGGUGAUUGAUGAUCUGUGGGAGACGGCAAUAGCCCCUAACACCCGACAGGCCUACAACACAGGAUUCAACAACUUCAUUCUGCUAUUGGCCGGUAUUAUGGCCAGUGUCAACUUGUCUAACCUACAAGUUACUGAGGACAUGCUCAUUUACUUUGUGGCCCAUUGUUACAACUUGAAACUUUCAUAUGCUACAAUCAAAUUAUACAUGUGCGGUAUCAAAUUUAUGUGUCUCAAACACAAUAUACCAUUUCCUAGUUCUGCCGAAUUGAGACGGAUGUACGCCAUCCUGGGAGGCGUGAAACGUGCACGUGGCAAGAUCAGCAGACCUCGGUACCCAGUGACAUUCAACAUUUUGAAAGACGUAGGCCUAUGUGGAUAUCUACGACAAAAGGCAACUUCUUUCGAAGACUUGAUGAUGCAGACAGCAUGCAUCGUAGCUUUCUUUGGCUUCUUGAGAUGUGGUGAAUUUACUGUUAAAACAUCAUUUGAUCAUACAGUGCAUUUGUGCGUGAGCGAUUUGAUAAUAACAGAUGAAUACGUCAUGGUACACCUCAAAAAAUCCAAAACGAACCCGUUUAGGGAAGGGGUGAAGUUAAAACUAUUUAAAGUCGGGGGCAUUUUAUGUCCUUAUGUCGCGUGUUGUAAUUACGUGUCAGCCAGACUUAGGCAGAACCCUUCACCAGACGAUCCCCUGUUCAUUGUGGACAACGGACAAGCUUUAACACGUUCUAUAUUUAUUGCCAAGUUUAAGCAUGUAUUGCAGUGCAUAGGAAUUAAUUCAGAACUUUAUAAUGGACAUUCAUUUCGUAUUGGAGCUGCCACCUCAGCAGCAGCAGCUCACGUGGAGGACCAUCUGAUUAAGGUUCUAGGAAGAUGGUCCUCAGACGCUUACUGUAGAUACAUUAGAACGCCUCAAUCUUGCAUCAGAGAGGCCCAGAUUGCACUUACAAAGCAUUGA